GGAGGGGCGCUGAGAGAGUGGGGCUGGGGGCGGGAAGAUGGGCUUACCAGUCAACCCUGCCAUCGCAUCGCGUCAUCUUGUCUUCUCACCAGGGAAGCAGGCUGCGAGCCAAGGGGGAAGCAGAGCACAGAGAUGAAUGUGUCCCCCAGAUUUCUUGGUGCUUUAUGGCAUCCUCCAAACUCCUGGGCAAGAUCUGUUCCUGACCAUGAAGACCCAAGGAAGCCUUCUCUGAGAUCAAGUCCCAAUGAAGAACUAAGAGGGGGAAUGUGGAUAUGGUCUUUGCUUCCAGAAUGGAGCCCAGCAAGCUAUCCGUGGUGACGGCGACCCUGCAGAACCACAGCUGCACCGCGGGCCCCACGCCCCUGCCGCAGCGUGACCUCAUCCAAGUCCUUGAGGACCGCAGCUGGCCGGGCAACAGCACGGACCUUCGGUACGGACCGAGGCCCGGGGAAGUGGCCGCAGCCAGCAUCUUCUUCGGGACGCUGUGGCUGUUCUCUGUCUUCGGCAACUCCCUGGUUUGUCUGGUCAUCCACCGGAGCCGGAGGACUCAGUCCACCACCAACUACUUUGUGGUGUCCAUGGCGUGCGCCGAUCUCCUGGUCAGCGUGGGCAGCACGCCCUUCGUCCUGCUCCAGUUCGCCACGGGCAGGUGGACGCUGGGCAGCGCCAUGUGCAAGGUGGUGCGGUACUUUCAGUACCUCACCCCCGGGGUCCAGAUCUACGUCCUGCUGUCCAUCUGCAUAGACCGCUUCUACACCAUCGUCUACCCACUGAGCUUCAAGGUGUCCAGAGAAAAGGCCAAGAAGAUGAUCGCGGCCUCGUGGGUGCUGGACGCGGCCUUUGUGUCCCCCGUGCUCUUUUUCUACGGCUCAGGCUGGGACGGCCACUGUAACUACUUCCUCCCUCCCUCCUGGCAGGGCACCGCCUACACCGUCACCCACUUCCUGGUGGGCUUCCUCAUCCCCUCUGCCCUCAUCACCCUGUUUUACCAGAAGGUGGUCAAGUACAUCUGGAGGCUGGGCAGCGACGGGCGGACGGUGAGGAGGACUAUGAACAUCGUGCCGAGGACCAAGGUGAGGGCGGUGAAGAUGCUCCUGGUCCUGAACGCGCUGUUCGCGCUCUCCUGGCUGCCCUUCCACCUCGCGCAGCUCUGGCACCCGCGCGAGCAGGACCGGCGGGGAAGCGCGCUCGUGUUCACGGCCGUGGCGUGGGUCUCCUUCGGCUCCUCGGCCGCGAAGCCCACGCUGUACUCGGUCUACAACGCCAGCUUCAGGCGGGGCGUGAAGGAGACCUUGUGCAUGUCCUCCAUGAAGUGCUACCGCAGCAACGCCUACACCAUCACGGCCAGCUCCAGGGUGGCCAGGAGGAACUACGUUGGCAUCUCGGAAAUCCCGCCCGCGACCAAGGCCGUCACCAAGGACUCGGUCUACGACUCCUUCGACCGCGAAGCCAAGGCAAAGAAGCUCGCUUGGCCGGUCAACUGCAACCCGCCCAGCACCUCCGUGUGACCGCUGGGCUGCCCUGCCCUUGCCCCGAGCGGCCAGUAAACGCCUUCGCUCUUUAAA